AUGCAGGGCAAGGUCGCCGAGUUGCGCCUCGAGUUGAACAGUGGCGGAAAGAAGGACAAAAACUUCACCCAGAAGAAAAUCGCCCUCAAGAAGAUCGUCGCAAAUAUGACCAUGAGCAACAAUGAGAUGGUUUCGCUAUUCCCAGACAUCAUUGCUUGUAUGCAUAUACAGAGUCUGGAGAUCAAGAAGAUGUGCUUCUUGUUCCUGGUCAACUACUCAAGAAUGAAGCCAGAAAUCGCAGUGAAGGCGAUACCAGUCCUUGAACAGGAUAUGCAAGAUUCCAACCCCCUGGUUAGAGCGUUGGCAUUACGGACAAUGUCCUACGUCCACGUCCGAGAAUUUGUCGAGGCUACGGUUCCAGUCGUCAAGCAUAUGCUCAAAGAUUCGGACCCCUACGUCCGAAAGACCGCCGCUUACUGCGUCGCGAAACUCUACGAUCAUGACAGACAUAUGGUGGAGAGAUCGGAUCUCAUAGAGCGGCUAAAUUCUUUGCUUAGGGAUGACAACCCGACAGUUGUUGCGAGUGCCCUGGCUGGACUAAUGGAUAUUUGGGAAAGGAGUGAUGCAAUCAAGCUGACAAUCGACUAUAACAAUGCAUCGAAAAUGGUGGCUAUACUGGCUGAUUGCUCUGAAUGGGGUCAAACUUACAUCCUGGAAGCACUUAUGUCAUAUGUGCCCCAGGAUUCUGGGGAAGCUACGCUCUUGGCAGAAAGAAUAGCCCCCCGGUUAUCGCAUUCCAACUCGGCUGUCGUUCUGACCUGCAUCCGAGUCAUUCUAUACCUGAUGAAUUACAUCGCAGACGAAAAGCACGUCGCCGCUCUAUGUCGGAAAUUGUCUCCACCACUUGUCACCUUAUUGGCGAAAGGACCUGAAGUGCAAUAUCUUGCUCUCAGAAACGCUUUGUUGAUCCUGCAGCGGCGGCCGGACGUCCUACGCAACGAUAUCCGUGUCUUCUUCUGCAAGUACAACGACCCCAUUUAUGUCAAAGUGACGAAGCUUGAACUGAUCUUCAUGCUUGCCAACGAGAAGAACAUCGAUGAGGUACUUACAGAACUACGAGAAUAUGCUACCGAGGUCGACGUGCAUUUCGUAAGGAAAGCGGUCCGUGCCAUUGGAAAGCUGGCCAUUAAGAUUGAGCCAGCUGCCCGAAGAUGUAUUAAUCUACUGCUCGAAUUGGUCGCGACAAAAGUACCUUACAUUGUGCAAGAAGCUACUGUGGUGAUCCGCAACAUCUUCCGCAAGUAUCCUAACCAAUAUGAAUCCAUCAUUGGCACACUAUGCGAACACUUGGAUUCGCUAGACGAGCCCGAGGCCAAGGCUGCAAUGGUGUGGGUCAUUGGGCAAUACGCAUCACGGAUUGAGAACUCUGACGCACUACUUGAGGACUUCCUGUACUCAUUCGCUGAGGAGCCUGUCGAAGUUCAGCUUGCCUUGCUGACUGCGACCGUCAAACUGUUUAUCCAGCGACCGACCAAGGGUCAGGAUCUCGUUCCGAAAGUCCUGAAGUGGGCUACCGAGGAGACCGACAACCCAGAUUUACGCGAUCGUGCGUACAUGUACUGGCGCUUACUCUCGACAGACAUGAACAUGGCAAAGCAGGUUGUCAUGGGCGAAAAGCCAGCCAUUACGGCGGAGUCUGAAAAGCUGGACCCUCAAACACUAGAAGAGAUGUGCCUCAACGUCGGCACGCUCGCGACGAUCUACUUGAAACCUGUCCAGACUGUUUUCAGAUCAGCCAGACCGAGAAAGUUGCAGGACAGUCCAGCCUUGCAAAAGCAUACUCUACCCACAUCUCAGAAUCUGCCCCAAUUUGAGAAUCAGAAGCACCUUAGCAUGUUGGGUAUGGGCGGUCAGCCAGCUGUUGUGCGGACAAAUCCUGAUGGCGGGCUAGCCGGGUUUGACAACGACUUUAAUGGCCAAUCUGGUCAAAAUGCCCAAAACGGCAACAUGAAUCAGGCAACUAAUGAUGCUGAUGCCUAUUUUGCUGGAAUAGGAUCUCAGCAGAUGGCGGCCAUGGGCAUCCAUGAGGCUGGUGAUGCAUUCGGAGGCAGUAAUGGCACAGAAGCCGGUUACGUUGUAAACCAGUACGCACCACAGCAGGCGAUGUAUCCGGCACAGGGAGGUGGCAGUAGCAUCAAACAUCCACCGACCCAUCACCUCAUUACACUCAACAUCUUCCCGGAAGACACAAUGAUGUUGACCAAGGUUUUGGGCACUGCAGGCCUCCUGGCUUUCAGCGGUAAUUUUCUCAGUGCCCUGACUCUGGACGAUGUCACCACUGUGAUCUUAACCUCCACAAAGUCGCCCAACACGUCCUCGACAUUCACCACCAUCUCUCGCACAUACUCUGAGUAUGGCUGCCCCACUGCACAGGUUGCAGAGCUCACCACCUUGGAGGGUAUGGGCGAUGCAGCUCAGGGCAACGGUGUCUCGAAUGAGCCUGGUCAGGUCAUGCAGGAAGAGCCGCACGAGUCUCUCAUCACCAGCCGUGCUUACGGUACCCUCACCAUCACCCUCACUGAGGUCAGCACUACAAAGGACGUCACUUACACCGGCUCCAUCGACUUUGAGAGCAUGGUCACGCUCAACGCAGGCACUCACACCACUACCGAGGGUAUUGUGGCCACGGUCACAGACACACCUCAAGGCUCGGACGCCACCACGGCUGUCGCAUAUUCCAGCGCUGCUACCGGUGCCAUUUCCGCGCCGUCCGGCGGCAGCUUUUCGGUGACCACACAGCCCGGUCUGCCUUCUGUCACCCCAACGACCAUCGCUUCCGGCACAGGUGGCUCAUCCAGCUCAAUCAGUAUUGUCCAGACGACCACCAUUGCCGGCUCAUCUACAAAGACUGUCACCCACAGUCACACUGACGCCGAUAUCGCCACCUCGUCUACCACUGCCGAAAGCUCCUCAGCCGCAACUGAGAGCGCACCAUCGGCGACCGACUCUUCUGCUGGAGUUGCCCCGAUCUCUGUGAAGAAGACCAUGGGCAUUUUGGCAGGCUUGGCUGGCAUUGUGAUGGUGGCUCUGUAG